GCGCGGCUGCUGUACCAUCUGCGCCUCUCCGGCUGUUUGAACGCGGGGAAAAGUUUCUGCAACGCGAUGGUGCCCAAGUGUGUCAGAAGAAGACCGCCGCCCGGCAGGUAAUGAGAAAGAUGUGAAGUCAUGUUGCUGCUUUUGUCCUGCAAAUUAGAUGUAAAUGAAUCAGAUAGCUCAUGAACAUUAAAGGGAUCGAAUCUAUACUUUUGGCAUUCAGUGGCAUUCAGUGAUUUCUAUCUAUCCGGUAUUGCUACUAUUCCUUUCCAUGACAAUAUUGCCCAUUUCAUCAUGGGCCUCACUUUAUGAGUGCAGAGAGAGGUACCAACCUUUGUGCUACUACUUAAUUUACACAGCAGGAUCCAUACAAUCAAACAAAUGGCUGAUCUCAAUAAAGAAGAGAAGGAUGUAAAAUGCCUCCAGUGCUCUGCAACAUUUCAACCAAGCAAUAUUGUAUUUUCUUGUCCCUAUUGCAAAAAGGAUUCAGUUCCUUCAGGAACUGUAGUAGAAACCUCAGAUGUAACAACUGAUAAAGCAAAUGAGAAUUUAGAACCUGAAGAAGGCCCCUCAAGAAAACAAGUAUCUUCUUUAGAAGAUAUGUCAAAGGCAGACUUAACAGACUCUCACAAAAAAAUGCUUGUUACCCCAGGCAUUCGUGGCAAUAUUGCAGAAUGCAAAAUCCCACAUACACGAAUAGAUGAUGGAGCAGCUAUUCAGCAAAUUUAUUCUUUUGGAAGGAAAUUAGGACAGGGCAGCUUUGGUGUAGUGAUUGAAGUAACACACAAAGAAACAGGAGUAAAGUGGGCAAUGAAGAAAGUGAACCGUGAAAAGGCUGGGAGUUCUGCUGUAAAGCUUCUUGAACGAGAAGUAAGCAUUCUGAAAAGAGUAAACCAUGAGCAUAUAAUACAUCUUGAAGAAGUAUUUGAGACGCCAAAGCGGGUGUAUCUUAUAAUGGAGUUAUGCGAAGAUGGAGAACUUAAAGAGAUUCUUCAAAGAAAAGGUCAUUUUUCAGAGAAUGAGACUCGGCAUAUAAUCCAAAGUCUUGCAUCAGCAAUUGCUUAUCUUCACAAGAAAGAUAUAGUUCAUAGAGAUUUGAAAUUGGAAAACAUUUUAGUUAAAAGCAGUGACAUUGAUGAACAAAAUGAAAUGAAAUUAAACAUAAAGGUAACUGAUUUUGGUUUAGCUGUUCAAAAGAUGGGAGGAAGUGAAAGCAUGUUCCAGUCUACCUGUGGGACUCCUAUUUAUAUGGCUCCAGAAGUGAUAAGUGCACAUGACUAUAGCCAACAGUGUGAUGUGUGGAGCAUAGGUGUCAUUAUGUAUAUGCUAUUAUCUGGCGAAUCGCCUUUUAUGGCAAGUUCAGAAGAAAAACUUUUUGAAGUUAUAAAAAAAGGAGAACUUCAUUUUAAACAGUCAGUGUGGCAAUCAGUCAAUAUAGCUGCUAAAAAUAUACUGCGGCUGCUUCUGAAAGUAGAUCCUGCCCACAGAAUCACUGCAAAUGAACUGCUUGACUGCCAGUGGAUCACAGGUGAAACAGACAUUGUUCAAAGGCCAUUUAAUGUCCUUGAGUUAAUGAAGAAGUGGAAUAGCAGCGGUAGCAGCACUACAGAUGUAGCAGUUUUUGAAGAUGGACUAAAUGGUGCAUCACCUGCCUCACAACUGGAAGAAAUUCGUGGAGAACAAGAUAGCCCCGUUAGCAGCAAUGGCAAUUCAGACCCCAAUAUAGAAAUAGAACCAGAGAGUGGGAGCAGCAAACCCUCAACACCAACAAAACAAACUAACAAGAAAAAAAGUCAUAUUAAUGUUUUACCAAAUGGGACUUAUAGAAAGAAGAGUUCAACUGUCAAAUCGACCAGCAGUAUUCAGAGUGGAGUUGGAUCAUUGUCUCCAAGACUGGUUGGAAAACGCACAGAUAAUCAAGAGAAGAAAAUUGAGAUAGAGAAAUCUUUAACCCAAGGACUUGCAAGCAAAAAUACACAAAAAGCCAGUGCCCAUAGUGGCUUACACAAAAACAAGAAGAAAUCUUAGAAGAAUCCCACUCUUCAAAAUGUAAGUCCUACAAUGUAACGAUUGCCAGUGCCAAAGUGUGGCAGCUCUAUAAAAAAAGGACCAAUAUACCUUGAACUUCUAUACUUGUUGUUGUUGUUGUUGUUAUUCUGAAGCCUGUAAUCAUCAAGAAAAGUCUAGUUUCAGAGUAGUGCUGAUAAGUGUUCUAAAGCAGUGGGAAUUCCCAAACUCUGUAAGGGCAUCCACUGAUAGUAUUACACCCAGAGCAGAAAAUUGUGUGAAAUUUCUGUCUUUUAUUUAUCAUAUCUAACAGGCAUCAUUCAGGCAAGCAACUAAUUUCUUUGAAUCCACUUGUAUUUGUCUAAGAUUGCUUUUUAUUGUCAUAAAAUUUUGUGAAAGGAGAAAAGAAAAUAAGAAGCCAAAGUAUGUAAUGACUAAGUGAUGAGGUUAUUUUUUAAUAACUAACUGCAUUUUGCACUUGUCAGAAAUUGAUAGGAUUUGUUUAUAAAACUGUAGGUAUUAUAUAUAACUGGUGUACCAAGGUCAAUUAAAUUUGUUUCUAAUUCUUUAUGCAUGAUAGUUAGUUGGAUAAUUUACUUUAAGCAAUUGUAGAUAUUAUGAAAAUUGCCAAGGUUAAUCCUGCUGCUAAAAUGCUUGUGUAUUUAA